UCGAAGCGCCGCAUCUUGUACGGAUCGUCGCAGACGGCCUUGUACCGAAUGAACCUUUCCCUCAGCGAUGGAGGGAAGGCCACAGUGGUAAUGAACCUUUCCCUCAGCGAUGGAGGGAAGGCCCCGCUUGAGAGGUGGAUUGGUCCUGAUCGGAGCUUCACUGGCCUUCAGGACAGCAGCGAUGAUCCUAGGGCCGUGAGAUUCAAUGAGCCCUUCGUCAGCUCGGCCGCCAUAUCUGCGGACGGCGAGCACCUGUACGUGGCAGAUCGACAGAACUCGGUGAUGAGACGGGUGAUUUCGCGAGCCUAUAGGGCUGGCAUUGACAUCCGAUGGGUGCCAUUGACAUCCGAUGGGUGCCAUUUAUUUGUCUCAGAGUUCGCCGGCGGAUCACUGCACCUGGUCAGAUUCAAGUAUAGUGGUGGCCCAGUUAUCAGUGUUCGUAGUGUCGCUGCGGCACGCCGUACAGACCGCGGGAGCGGUUUUCUGCUGUUGGGAAUGGCCAUCUCGCCAGACGACGAUGUGCUUUAUAUAGGAAGAGCGAUGUACUAUAUUCUGGAGCUUGGUGUGAACACAUCAGCGCUGCCUCCUUGCACGCCCCCUCAUCCCCCUGAACGUCAUCGUUCAGUGCGCAUCUGGAUUGCACUUGGAGUUGUGUGUGCAGUUCUGGUGGUUGCUCUGUGUACCCUUAGCUAUCUUGUUCUGGCUGUUCCCCGGGAAACCGUUUGGAUUCCCAGGCGGCGGUCUCUGAAGCGUGCAGCGUCUUUAGGCUUUAGCACCAAGCGAUUGCCGGGGAGUCGUGGGACAGCUGAUGUGUACAAGGGACGGCUCGGCAGCUCUCAAGUAGUUGGCCUUCAAGAGGAUGGAAGGGCCAGCCCUCUCGGAGGGCAAGUUCCCGCAGUGCCACGUGAGAAGCUGGACGUGCUCAGCACACUCCGACACAGCCACCUAUGCAGCAUCAUCGGGUGGCAGCAGCAGAGGCCGCCGGUGCUGCCGCCUCCGCCGCCGCCAUCGCGAAUUAUUGCGCCGCCGUAUGAUGGGAUUCACUUCGCGUCGGGAUUGCGAUCGCAAAAGAGAGCUCAGUGGUUGCUGCAGCCUGGCUGCGACUCGUCACACGCGUCGGGAUCUCGACGGGCCAUGUCGUCGCAGCUUCGUGAAGGGGGGGCAGAAGGCAUGAGAGCAAAGCAGCCGUAUUUCUUGGGGCAGAAAAAUGAAAAUGUGGUAGAGAGGAUGGGCAGCAGUGCCUGCAGCAAUGGAGUGGCAGCGGCCUGUACAGAAGAAGAACCUGGAGCUGCGCUAGAGCUGAAAACAGGUCCUUAUGGGUUUCCACAGGCACCCGUUUUCCUAAAAGGAAAAGUUGUGACUGGAUUUGGUCGGGGUGGUAAACUGCUGGGCGUGCCCACAGGGGGUGCUGCUGGACAAUCCAUAAGGGGCGUGACAAGCGGCCCGCCAGAGGCUGGAAUUGGGGAAGCCAUGAAGCAAAAGUACGCCUGCCGACCUGAACUGCGAGAUGACAAUCGCAAUGGUUCAGGUUAGCGGUCACGGUCUCUUUUCUCAAUUAUUAUUUUCUGUUGCUCCCCAAGUCCAGUCUCCAGUUUCAAUUAUUAUUGUUUUGGAAUGAAAUGAAUGUUGUGUUUGAAAAAAAGGAAAGGAUAGGUUUUGGAAAAAGGUAUGUAUGAAUCUAUGUGUGUACAUAGAUAGACAUAGAUGAUGGAUGUUGAAUAGCAGUGUUCUCAAGCACUGUUCUGAUUCUUCUGAAACUUUCUAAAGUUUUUGUAAGAGCGCACGGAAGGAUUUGGAAUUGAAGGAAUUCAGAUUUUGGCACUGAAAAAUGAGCUGAGGACAAAGGGAAAUUACUCCAGGAUGUCAAAAGAUUUCUAGUUGGAAAUUUCAAAUUUCCGUAAAAAAAUAAAAUAAAAACUUCUAGUUAAAAAAAUGAAAUUGCCUUUUGCUU